AACCUGUCUGGUGGCGAGCUGCAGAGAGUCGCCCUCACUCUGUGUUUGGGGAAACCAGCUGAUGUUUAUCUGAUCGACGAGCCCUCGGCUUACCUGGACUCCGAGCAGAGGUUGAUGGCCGCCAGGGUCAUCAAGAGGUACAUCCUCCACGCCAAGAAGACGGCGUUCGUGGUGGAGCACGACUUCAUCAUGGCGACCUACCUGGCCGACAGAGUCAUCGUGUUCGACGGUAUUCCCUCCAAGAAGACUGCAGCUAACACGCCUCAGAGUCUGUUGGCGGGAAUGAACCGCUUCCUGUCGCUGCUGGAAAUCACAUUCAGGAGAGACCCGAACAACUUCAGGCCACGUAUCAACAAGCUCAACUCCAUCAAGGACACCGAACAGAAGAAGAGUGGAAACUAUUUCUUCCUGGACGACUGAGCCGACGUCCAAACAGCAGUUAUGUUAAAAAUCAUAAGAAGCAGAGAGAGAGAGAAAAAACCCCAUCAGCCUUUAUGUACCGGGCUGCGUUCAAUAGCCAGCAAUGUUGUGAAACGUUGAAAAUAAAAAGUGCAUUGCAUUCUGUGUCCGUCAGCCUGAACAUACUGGGCUGAAUUCACAAGCCAGCGACAUUGUGGAACAUUAAGCAGCGUAUUUUAACACUCAUGCAUUUACAGCAACUGAUAAUAAACUGAUUAUAUCUGA